UGGCGUGUUGAUUUUUUUCCAGCAUGGCUCCGAAAGGCAAGCGGCGAGCUGAGAAAUCGGUUAAGUUUGCGCAAAAUGAAAACGAAAUGGUUAAAAACAGCAACGACAACGAUGAAGCCGGGAGUGAUGAGGAUGAGAAAGGGGAGGACGAGUUUACUCUGGAUGAUGUGCUGCGUUUGGGAGGCACUAAGGCGGACUAUGUCAUGCUUUCUGCAGUUGACGACAGCACUGAGCUAGUAAAUGGUGGAAAGAAAGGUGCAAUUGAUGAUUUGGAGGAUGGAGAGCUAGAAGAGUUCAUCACCAAACUGGGAAUCCGGUCCUACUCGGACCAGCAGGUUAUUGAGGGUGAUGACGAGGAUGAGCCUGAAGCAGAAAAACCCUCCAAACCCAGUGUGGAAAAGAAGAGCAAGACAAAAGAAGGCACUAAAGUGGAGUCCAGCAAGACAUCUGAAGCCAAGCAAGAAGCUGAGACAAAGGUCAAAAAAACAAGCAAAAAGGCCAAGCAAAAGGAAGCUGACCUGUUUGAAUUUUACCCCCGGCAGGUGCUGCUGGUCAAACCCGGGGGGAAAUGGUAUGAUGUUGACUACACUUCUGAGACCAACACUUCUCCUCAAGAUGAAUUACUGGUCUCAAAGUAUAAGGCUUUGGCAGAGAAGCUGCUAGAGGCUGAUACAAGUCUUUACAAGAGCAAGAAGAAUCUACAGAAAGGAGCGAAUACAGUCUGGAUGAAGAGCGUCGUCUCGACUGGGACUCUGGCGGACAGGAUGGCGGCCAUGACGGUGCUCAUACAGGAUGCUCCUGUCCACUGUCUGGAGCACAUCGAGAGCCUGAUUGGUAUGAUGAGGAAGAAGGGAAGUCGAAGGCAAGGCCUCAUGGCUUUGGACACGCUUAAGGAGCUGCUGCUGUCUGAUCUGCUUCCAGAGAAUCGUAAGCUCCGGAGUUUCUCUCAGCGCCCGUUCGACAAGUUGGAGGAGCGCGCUAGUGGAAACCGAGAUGUACGAGAUCGGCGCCUUGUCCUCUGGUACUUCGAGCAUCUUUUCAAGCUUCAGCUGGCCGAGUUUGUGACAUCUCUUGACGCUUUGGCUCACGAUUCUGUCCUAGCCACCAAAAUGAAAUCGAUGACCACAGCUCAUGAGCUACUCUGCAACCGACCUGAGCAGGAAAAAGCCCUGCUGAUGCUCGUAGUGAACAAACUGGGAGAUCCUGAGUACAAAGUUGCCUCUAAGGCCUCGUAUCUGCUGGAGACGCUACUGCACAAACACCCCUUGAUGAAAUCGGUGGUGUGCGUCGAAGUCGAGCGUCUGAUGUUCAGACCCAACAUAGGCGGCAAGGCUCAGUAUUACGCUGCGUGCUUCCUCAACCAGGUGAUGCUGAGUCACGACGAGACCGAGCUCGCCACUAAACUCAUCGCUGUCUACUUCAGCUUCUUCCGGCUCUGCGUUAAGAAGAAGGACGUGGAGUCUAAGAUGCUGGGCGCUCUUCUGAGUGGCGUGAACAGGGCCUAUCCAUACACCAAGGCCGGAGAUGAGACGGUCCGCGAGCAGCUGGACACACUGUUUAAAGUGGUGCAUCUUGUAAAGUUCAGCACGGCCGUGCAGGCCCUCAUGCUGCUCUUUCAGGUUAUGGAUUCGCAGCAGAGUGUGUCUGAUCGCUACUACGUCGCUCUUUACAAGAAGCUCUUGGAUCCAGGCCUGUCAGUAAGCUCAAGACAGAGCAUGUUCCUCAACCUGCUGUACAAGUCUCUGAAAGCCGACAUCGUCCUGCGGCGCGUCAAAGCCUUCGUCAAGAGGCUGCUGCAGGUGAGCUGCGAGCAGAGCCCGACGUUCGCCUGCGGAGCGCUCUUCCUCGUGUCCGAGGUCAUGAAGGCCAAACCUGGCCUUAAGCUCCUCCUAGAAGAAGGGGAUGAUGAUGAGGAGGAGAAGUUUCAGGACCUCAAAGGAGAAGAUGAUGAUAACAGCGAUGAUGAAGAAAGGUUUGUGGAUGCAGAUAAAAUUGAAGGGGGCCAGAGUGACAAGCAUCAGCAGAACAAACCAGCUGCAUCAUGGGUACAUCACCACAACAUGGAGGGUGGUAAGGAUUUGAAGGUAUACGACCCUGCUAACAGAAACCCAUUAUACUGUGGAGCGAAUCACAGCACACUCUGGGAGCUGCAGAAGCUCGCUGAUCAUUUCCACCCGUCUGUGGCGCUUUUCGCCAAAACCAUCUUGCAGGGAGGACACAUCCAGUACUCGGGUGAUCCUCUGAACGACUUCACGCUCAUCAGGUUCUUGGAUCGGUUCGUCUUCAGAAACCCCAAACAAACCAAGGGCAAACAGAACACUGACACGACUGUGAUGCAGCCGAAGCACAAACAGAGCAUGAAUAACAUCCGCUCGUUACCGGUAAACUCUGAGGAGUAUCUGGCCAAAGAGGAAACUCAGAUUCCUGUCGAUGAGGUGUUCUUCUACAGGUUCUUUAAAAAGCAGGAAGGAGAGAAGCGAUUAAAGAAGCCUUCUAGAGAGGACGCUGAGAGCGUGGAGGACGUCGAUGACGACGAGUUCGAACGACUGCUCGACAAUUUCGAGGGUGAUAGCUACUUCACAGAUUUUAAAGAUGAUGACCUGGACUUUGCUGGCAACGUAAAGAGCAAAAGCAAAAAAGGCAAGACGUCUGAGGAAGUCUCUGAUUCAGACCUCGACUCGGAUGAUGACUUGGAUGACGAGGAGCUCUCGUUGGGAAGCAUGGAUGCGGAAGACUUUGGUGACGAGCUGGAGGAAGAUGGCGGCGCUUUUAUGGACCCCGGCGGAGACGACGACGACGACGAAGUACCGGAGCUGGAGGGUGAUGAUGAUGAUGCCUUCAAUGACUUUGAUGAGGACAUGGAUGAGCCACCAGGGGGCAGUACAGGAGGCAAAAAAGGCAAGAGGAUGGCAUCAGAGCGUCUUGAUUUUGCUGGGUCUUUUGGUUCCAAGCCCGGCAAGAGGAAGAAGGGAAAGAUGGAUGACACAGCCAUGUUUGCAGCAGCAGAGGAGUUUGGAGAUUUGCUGGAUGAAAAUUCAGACAUCAAGUUUGACAACACCGGCAUGAACGCAAUGGCUAACAAAGACAAAGCCAGCAUCAAACAGCUGAAAUGGGAGGUUCAACGGGACGACUGGAUCCGAGGACGGGACGUUAAGACGAUCAGGAGGAAGAAGGCCAUGUUUAAAAAGAGGAAACAGUUUGGGAAAGGUGGAUUGGGUAAAAAAAAUAACGUAGGCAGGAAGAAGUGA